AUGACUUUAAACCACACCACCACCUCAUCCUCGUCACACGUAUUACCAACAGAAACAACGACCGUUCGCUUCUCAUUAUUAAAUAGUAACAGCAAAAAGUUUAACCUCGUUGAUUCGAAUAUUUAUAAAAAGAAACCUAACGGUUGUGGAUGUGCUUUAUGUUCAUUCUUUAUGAAUGAUUUUCCAGAGAGUUUAAAUGCCGAAGAUUAUGAACCUUCACGUGUUGAGCAAGUAGCAAACAUUGUGACACAUGGCAUUCCAUUAAUUAUACUUUCGUAUAUUUUCUACUUGACCUCACAUGUUGUAAAUACGAAAUUAGAGAUGAUUUCAUCUGUUCUGUAUUGUUCGAGUCUUUUCAUUCUAUUAUCCAUAUCGACAUUGUAUCAUGUCAUGUGUUUAAUUCAUGGAAAACAAUCAAGUAAGACCUAUUGGUUUCGAAUAAUUGAUUAUGCAACAAUUUACAUAUUCAUUGCUGCAUCCUAUACACCAUACUUGCUCGUAGUUGGUAUUGGCCAUGAAAACUUUUAUGGAAAAUUGAUGGCUGCAUUUAUUUGGUUAUUGGCAAUAUGUGGCUUGGUAAAAUCAUUUUCAGAAGGAAGAUUGCUGGCAUUUAUUAAUAAUAAUGCAUUAUUUAACUUGAUGGGAUGGGCAGCUCUACUUGCCAUGCCAACCUCAAUGUUUAUUCAUGUUCCCUUGGAGGCAUUCUUGACCUUACUAUUUGGAGGAAUAUUCUUCUCUGGUGGAGUUUAUUUUCUAAAAAAGGAUGGAGUCAUUCCAUUUGCUCAUGCAAUUUGGCAUAUAUUGUCUGUGUGUGGAUUCUUGAUGCAUUUCUUUUCAAUUUAUUAUUACAUCUUUCAAUUGGAUGGAUUGUUCGUUCCACAUGGAGUUUACAAUUCAAAAAUGGCGUAUGAGCAAAUUAUUGAAACACUUACUGGGCAGAGAAUGCCAUUUGGUCAUUUGCGUGUAUCCCCAAUACACUAAAGAGUAUCGACUAAAUUGUUAGAAUAGUAGCUCCCUAACUUGAUGAUGGAAAAUAUCAAAAAACUAUUGGGAAGAAGAGGAAAUCUGUUGCAAGUACAAUCAGCACUUACCAAUCAGGGCAAUAAUUGAAUUUAUUCCACAACAAUAGUAAUUUAAGAUGAGUUAAAUUCUUGAAUAAAUUAAUUUGUUUAUU